AUGAGAGCAAUAAAUGGUUGGAUAAAUUGUUUGAUCACUACAUUUGCAUUUUUAAGUUUACACUAUGAAAAAGAAGUUAAAACAUCAUUAAAUAGAUCUAAAUUUAGUACAAAUAAUUUAUCAUUUGAUCCUAAUUUAGAAAAAAACAAAGAAUUAGAAAAUAAUUCUAUUGCAAAAUAUAAUAUUAAAGGAAAAGAGGGAACUAAUAGUACUAAAAAUUCUUUUAUUCAGAGUUUGAAUUCAAUAUCAACUGAAGAAAAAGAUUUAGGUGGUUACAAUAAUUUCGUUAUAAAAAUUAAUGAAGCUUUUUCUGAAGCAAAACGUGCUUAUAUAACUGCUAAUUCUUAUAAAUAUUCGCGUUCAUAUAUAAGAAAAUAUUCGACUGAAUUUGAUGCAGCAUCGACGAAAUAUAUAAGGCCUUUUAUAAACUGUGAAGAAGAUAAUAUACGAUUCUAUAAAAAUACUAAAAAGGAUAUGAGAGAACAAUUUUACAAUUUACUUUCACUGAAAGAGGAUGAUAAAAAAAAUGACUUAUAUAAAACAGAACUUCCUAAAUUCAAAUCAAAAAUAGAAAGUCAUCUAAGAACUAUAGAUUGGAAUCGUAAAAGAUGUAAAGAAAAUGACAAUAAUGCUUAUCAAAAAGUACAUAAUUAUUUAUUCCGUGAAUUUUGUAGCAUAUGGGGAUGUAUUAAUAAGAUUGUUUCUUUCACUAAAGGUUAUACAUAUAAUACAAAUAUUGCAUAUUCAGAUGCUAUGGAUAGAGCAAUGUAUAGGAUAUCACAAUAUAAGCUUUCUGACAAAAAUUUUUCAGAAAUUAAAGAUUUUCUAAGUUCUGAUGUAGUACAAAUAAUUAUGAAAGAAAAUAUAUGUAAAAAAGAACUUAAAAAUUCUUUAAAGUUAUUAAUAGAAGAAAUUAGUGAUAUGAAUGAUAUUUAUGUGAAGGAUGUAAAUAUGGAACAUAAUUGUCUUUCUUCUUAUGAAAAUGAUAAGAAAAAUGCAAUGUCAACAAAUAUUACUAAAAAUAAUAUUGGAUAUAUUUUUACCACUGCUUAUCAACAUAUCGGAGGAUAUCAACAUUAUAACAUAUGGAAUAAUGAAUUAAAAAGCAAUUUUUAUGAAGUUCAAAAAAAAUUUAAAGAUUUACUUAAAAAUGCACUUGAAGGAUUAAGAGAAGAAAUAAAUUCACUAGUUUAUCCUGAAAAUGUAAUUGUAGAAGCAAAACAAAUAUUUACAAAAGGAAAUGAUGCAUAUCAUCGUACAAAAAAUC